GGGACAACACCUGUCGCGUCAACAACAACAAGGUCCAGCGGCCGGAGAGAGGCGGCCAGAGGAAGGCGAAGGGACCCCAAAGUGACCAUCUCUCCCUCCUUCCCCAAAGCAGAGAAUGGAGAGGCCUCUUUUCCAGAUGUUGCUGGCGAUGCAUCUGUUGUGGAUCUUCCCAGGAGACAUCCAGGUCUCCGGCUUCCCCAUCCACAGGCGUGACCUCUUCCCCGCCAAGGAGUCCCCUCUGGACCUGGCGUCCACUUCCUUCGAUGACCAAUACAAGGGCUGCGCGGAGCAGAUGGAGGCCGAGCUGGAGGCCCUCAACCAGACAGAGUUUGCCACCAACCGGCUCUACGCCGAGGCCUGGACGGAAGCGGCUUCCAGGUGGACAGAGCGACGGAUGUCCACCUCAAAGCUGCCCCUCGGCCUGAGGCCAGAGCACGCCAUGGCGGUCAUGGCCUACACGGCGCAAGGACGCUUCCACCGGGACUUCAACGCGGCCGUCAGGGAGGCCGGCCGGACCAGGGAGGCCUACCUGCAGAGCUUCCACUUCAAGACCUUCCACUUCCUCCUGACCCGGGCCCUGCAGGCCUUGGGGGCCACUUCCCAGCCCCGCUGCCAGAAGGUCUACCGCGGGGUCCGCAACGUCCGCUUCGUCUCCGAGCGGCUCCGUCCGGUGCGCUUUGGCCACUUCGCCUCCUCCUCGCUCAAGAACGAGAGCGCCAAACAGUUCGGGACGGACACCUUCUUCACCAUCCAGACCUGCUUUGGGGUCAACGUCCAGAACUUCUCCUUCUUCCCCGGAGAAGAGGAGGUCCUCAUCCCGCCCUUCGAGAAGUUCAAGGUGGCCAACUUCACCAAGACACGUGAGACCACCUUCAUCCACCUGCUCUCCCUCGAAGACCACAGCCUCCACAACUGCGUCUUCAUCAAAGAGCAAAGGUGCAAAGUGCAAAGGUGCAACUUUGGUUCAGGUGCCGGCCUCAGCCAGCUCUCUGCACAUGCCCAGGCGCCUUUCCUUCUCUGGGGAGCCCUGUUCCUUGUGGGCAUCCUCUUUGAGUCCCCAGGAUUCCUCUGACCACCAGCCUGGGGCCGGUUUUGCUCCUGGAAAAAGCAAGACAACACAAAACCAAGACAAUAUAAUCGUAUUAUAAGGAUUUCCCUUUGCAUUAGAUUCAGUGCCUGGUGCCGGUUGUGUCAAGAAAGGGUUAAAUUGAGACACAUUCACCUUCCAUCUUAAUUUACCUUCUUCUCCGAUAAUCUAGCAAUCUGCUUAGACUGCACAGAAAUAAACACAUGCUCCCCAGCUGUCCGCUGAAACCAGUGGCACUUAUUUAUUGAAGUAAUUUACAAUAUUUACAUAUCUUUGCCGGAGCGUAGCAUUUUAACAACCUGCUUGAUUGGCUGCGAGGGAAGCUCUCACUAUCUCUAAAACUGUCCACUCCCAGAAUCCAGAGCAAUGACGAAUGUCCUGUUGUAUCCGGAAACUAUACACUUUUUCCCUCUAGCAAUAACUCUCUACUCUAUGCAUUUAACUCUUACACUACUGGAAUGUUGGAUUCCUUGUAUAUUAUACAGACACACACAAACAGCUUGCUUUAAACCAUAAGCGAAAUUUUGACACUAUACAAUUCAAUACCUUAACAGGUUGCAGCAGUGAGUGGGCUCACAAUGUAACAUGAAUGCAUUUUGACUCCAGUUUAGCCACCGGGGCUCAAUGCUACAGGAUUGUGGGAGCUGUAGUUUUGCAAGUCCUUUCGCCUGCUCUGCAAAGUGUGCGUCUUUAUUAUAGCAUGAAAGCUAUGGAAUCAGGGGAGAUGUAGUUUUGCAAAGUCUUGAGCCUUCUCCACCCCAAAGUGCUGGUGCCUCACCAAAAGACACCUCUCAGUGUUACCAAAAUCAGCUAUUUGCCACAAGGGGGCAGUGUAGGUUUAUCACCCGACAAACUGGGCUACUUUGACUGCCAGGAAAAACUUAACUGAGUUGAAGGCAGUAACACAUUUUUUUAUUCAUCUGGCCAGAUGGAUGUCAGAACAGUGUAAUCGUCAACAGAACUGACAUAACGUAUAAUAUAGCGCAAACCAUUUUAUCCCCUUUGGCAGCCAUUCAGAAGACCUGCUCUCUCCCCUGAUUAGUUCAGGAAGAAUCAGGCUAGGAUCUGACUAGUCAUUGGUUGGGUGAGGUGGGUGGAGUCUCCCUUGUAGCAUAAAAAGAGCUGCUAUUUGUCUAUUUGAAGCUGGAGCCAUUUGGAAGACUCUCCUAGGAAGAAAAGGGCAAGACUUGGGGAAUAGUCUGAAAUAGUCCAGGAUAGGAUUAUGGGGUUUACAAUAGAAGCCAACCUCAAAGAUAAAGACAAAUCUUAUGCACAUAUACACACUGAAUAAGAAACAUAUAUCACAAUACAGAUUUCAUUGAGCACGUCUCCUAUCUGCCUAUGGUUGCACCUCCCAUUUAUUAAUAAAGCAUAAACCUGAAUCAAGACAAA